UGAUUAUGAAUAGACUGAGGAAGCAGAGAGAGUGCGGAGGUAGUUAAUGCAAUAACCAGGUAUGGCUUCAGCCCUCCGUCCAAAGGUUCAGUAACAACUAGAUAUGGUACCCACAGACUAUGUUGUGUGUGUGGUCUUACUGCUGUGGGCAGACCUGAGACAGUUUACAAAUGCUGGUCCGGUACGAGAGGAUGACAUCUGUGGCACACACAACGGACGGCGGCUCUACUUGGAGCAGGGCGAGAGAGGGAUCCUCACUGCCAAGAAUAUAACAACCUCCUCACACGCUCACCAGCCCAGCUCCCUGCAAUCACACGAGCAAUGUAGCCUGGAGGUGGUGACAUGCCCAUCAUGUGUGAUAGUGGUGAGAUUCCGCCAUCUCGCCCUCUCGCCGCAGUGUGGCGGUGGUCUCAUGGACGCUCCGUGUCGCUGUGACUACCUCUGGCUCUCGGAACCACCUUACGAUGAUGUGUCCGGCACUCCCUUCUGUGGUCACUUCCCAUCUGCCUCAAGUCCACCAGUGUUCCGCUCACAGACUCGCACCCUGGUCCUGGCUCUGCUGUUCAGCCAGAUGCACAAACAUGCCUUCACGCUGGAGUAUACAUCCGAGAGGAACAGGCAACUCCUGACAGGGAAGCCUGUCUCGGGAUCUAUGAUUGGAGGCAAUGUGAGUGUGGGUGGAGUUAUCACAUCUCCAUUUUUCCCCAACCAGUAUCCUCGAGAUCUGGGCGCUGAGUAUAUCAUUAGCUGUAAUUCGAACAAUAACAGCUCUUGUCGUGUACGACUACUCUUCAACGACUUUCAGCUGGCUGGAGUAUCCAUCAUGGAGUUCUAUGACUGGAAUGGUCAGAGGCUGGAGGUGAGCAGUGGUGCACUGUUCCGUCCCCCUGUCAUAAUCACAUCUGGGCCCUCACUGCUGGUGCGUUUCUAUGCUAAUGGAGGUUCCUCAGUUGGCUACAAGGCUUCCUACUCGUUCUUACCAGGAAAAUAUGAUGAAAGCGUUGUUGAACCUGUCACAGAUUGUGGAGGCUUUGUGGAGAAUCUUGGAGGAGCCAUCACCAUGAUGAACAUGGUGGAACGCGGUGGCCCGGUCAAGUACUAUGACUGCAUCUGGCUCAUCCGGCCCCCCACCAACUUCUACCACCUCAAGACCCACAUCUAUCUCAAGAUCUCCACAUUUCUUGACAUGGCUGGUAGCACGGAAGUGGUGGUGCGACAAGGUCUAACGUCAGAGGGUCCAAUAUUGGAGACGGUGCGACAUCCGGUGGCACAGCUGGGUCUAGGGCAUUCUCGACCACGCAGGGAAAAUAUCCUGCCACUCAGCGUUGGCUUCUACGUCAGCCUUCGAGGCAUGUUUAGUUCCGUCUCCAGGCUAGCCAUCGUUUACACCUCUUUCACCUACAUGGAUUGCUUCACGGGAUCAGACUAUUUGUGCCAGAAUCACCGCUGCAUCCCAGCGCAGUUGCACUGUGAUGGCUUUGACCACUGCGGUGACAAUAGUGAUGAACCCGACACUUGCACAAGAGAGUGGGAUGCUGAGCCAGUGGACCGCCGAUGGUACUCUCAUACUCCCAACUACUACUUCCCCAAAAUGGAACGUUACCCAGACUUGAAGACUGCAACUCUUGUUUUCGUCAUAAGCAGUCUUGGUCUGAUAUUGCUGAUAGCAGCGUUGGUGGUGCUGCUGUAUCGUAUGGGAGCUCGCGCAAGACAACAACGGGAAUUACAGAACCGGCUUCAGACAAUCAGUGAAUUGUUAGAUGGAGCCCGAAUAGAGGAAGUUGAAACGGAUGAUCCACCUGUCUACGAGGCACCGCCUGACUAUGAAGAGGUUGUAAAACAUGGCAAGGGAAAAGAAAAACGAAAAAAGAACAAAAAUAGAAGACCCAGAUCUACAUCGGCACCCAGAACGAGGAAUGAAGCAGCGACGUCAACACAACAGACAGUGAGCCUUCAGCCUUCUGUGGAACCAACCACCCCUCUCCUAGCUUCCACCUCUGUCAACCGUAGCUGUCAAGUGACUCCGAUACCAGACUCUCCACCACCACCCUACAGUGAUGAUGUCAUAAUACCCAUCACUCCCACACAUUCACUCAGGCCUGAUGAAACUGCCGAAGUGCUCCACUGGGAAGAGCAGACUCUCAGGGCUUUCUCGAACACAGUGGAGAAUUUAGCCGGGCCCUCGAUGGUCCACAGUGUGGAAGCUGCUCCGGCUCAGGUGGACGCCCGCAGUCUGAUCAGCGUAGACUGUAACUCGUAUGAUGAUCCAACUAUGUCAUUGUCACCUUCGACACCGGGCUCGCUCAACGUGGGGGUAGGCACCAUAGAGGAGUCGAUCAUCUUUAAACGGAGGCUGCACCGGACUCCACGUCGACGUGAUGGCUGCUCUCUUGGUGUAGACCUUCUCACUCGCCUCUACUCGGGACAGGAUUGUGAGUGCCAGGGAGCUUGCGGCUGUGCACGACCUGUCUCCGCAGAGCCCCUGAGACGCACUCACUCCACCUGGUCUCCUGCCAGCUACACACUCCACGCUCUCGACAUCUACUUCGACAAGCUGGAGCGGGGCUCCAAAGGCCGACUGCAGGGCAAACACUCUCCGCUCAAGCUCAGUAAAAACGAUGGACUCGCUCUCAGCAUUUCCAUGUCUGUCGAUAACUUAAAGGAUAUUGUUUAGUGCUGGUUUUACUGGUUAUUGUGCUGUGACAUGUACUCGUACAAGGGAUAUUCAUUGAAGACUGAGGCUCAUGGUUGAAAUGAUUAAUUUAUUCUAAAGCCUAAUUUAAAUUAUUCUACUUUAAUUAACAUAUCCUACCAGCUAUAAAAUGCUUAUUUAAAUCAUUAAAUCACCACAGUUGUUAAUUUGAGGUUUUUUCUAAAACUGAUCUAAAGUGCUUUUACUGCAUGCUAUAUGAAUUUAGAAUCAGUGAUUUUUUGCUUCUUUUUCACCGUAGCAAAGGUCUAAAUAAUAGGAUAGCACUACUGAAGAAAAGCCAUAUGCACCUUGGUAGUUAGAAGAACAAAUGAUUGCCACAGCCAGAAGGCAAUGGUGCUGUUAGUUAGAUAAAGUUAGUUCGUUUUACUACUUUAUGUGGUGGAUUAAAUAAUUAAUUUCUAAUGUUUUACUUUCAUAUCUUUGAUUCUUUCCUUGUCUCUUAUCAAAUCUUGUCUUUCAAUUUCUAUUUUCCACUUAUUACUUUCCAUUUUUGACAAUUUAUAAAAGAAACAAAACCAGAAAUUAGUAAGAAUGCGAAAGUAAUUGUGUGUAUAAGGAUUGAUACUAUAAUUUAAAUGUUACUAAAUUUUGGGAUUUAUUUGGUUUGAAAAGGGGUGUUUAAGUUAUUCAGAUUUUAAAGUCGGCCUCACUCUUCAAUGAACGAUCCCUAAAAUAAUUAACGUAUUACUAAUCGUAACAGGUUAUGAUAUAGAUACUAUAAUUUUAUUUUCGUACAAACCAACAUUCCCUCCUUUUAAAAUCCUAUAAGAUUUUUAUUUUGAACUUUUAAAAUUUAUUUCAUGACAGUGUUUGAAAUAUCAGGUUUUGACUUGUUUGGUUUUGAUUUGUUUAUCUGGAGAGGUAUGUAGCACUACCAUUAGCUUUUUGAUGUAGAGACAUCACUUUUACCACUCUGCAUACUGCAGUGGCACCACUUUGUUUCAAGACAUUGAUUCUAUGGUGUUGUGGUAUACCUACGGCUCCAAUAAUAUAAUAUAACAAAAUAACAUACUAUGAUAUAUUCAUUCAAUUAAUACACGAGGUUUCUUUUUGAAGCUUCCAGCAAUUUGUGUGGUAAAUUAAGAAAGGUAAAGACACUACUUUUAAGAUGCCACUAGUUGUCACCCAUCCUGAGACAAUAUACCAGUAAAAAUACCACUAGAAUUGUCUCAGUAAUGAUGGUAGUGACAGAAGAUGUUAGCAUUACUGAAACCCUGGAUUUUUUAUAUUAAUGUUUUGGUUUGAAUAAAUUUACUGGAUUAGAGAAUGAUAAAUCCUGUUCUUGGAAUUGCAAUUUUCAGUGAUACACAGCAUGUUCAUAAACAAUCUCAUUUAUUUAAACUAGCUUGUCCAGCUAACUGAAUCUUUAUCCAAACUGCCAUGUAUGAACAUAGUCUAUGAACAAAUGGUUUGUAGUGACUAUUAUAAUAUUUGUGGGUACGAAUGAUAUAAAAUGUUAUAUACAAGGCAACGUACUCGUACAUGAUCAAUCAAUGUAAUAUUUCUUGAUGAAUAUAAAUAAAUGUUGAACAUUUGUUAUGGCAAAGGUAAUGAGGAGUUAUUUAGAAUAGUAAAAUAAAACGUUUUAUACCAUUUUAGAAACUGUAUCAAUAUAGAACAAUAGGGAAUUAAAUAGGAAAAUAAUAUUGGUAAUAUAAUAAUUUACUAUUGGUAGAAUACUAAUUUAUCAAAAAAUUUAAAAUCUCAAGAUAAGUUGUUUGUAAAAUUUAAUUAAAACAAACUUUUAAUAGUUUCCGUAAAAUUAACUGAUAUGUGAUAAAGUAUGCUCAAAUUAAAUUAUUAAAUAGUUGUGUAGUGUUUCACUGAGGGAAAUAGGAUUCAGUUUAAUAAUCAGACUGGUGUUGAUUGUUAGAACCCUGAAUAAUUUUUUUUGCAUAAAAUUGCUCCUCAUUUUAAUAAAAUACGAAAAAAGUAUUGGAAACCCUUAAAAUAAAAAGUUUCAAAAUUCAAAUCUGCAUACUUCUAGAAAGAAUACAAAUAUUACAUGCUGAGCGGUACUAAACAUUAUUGUUAUUAUUAUGUAUUUAACACCAAAUAACAAUAAUACUGUAUUAUUACAAUUUAAUUCACUUCCCGUUUGAAGUUUUACUUUGUUAUCUUUAACAUAUAUUUUUAUGAGCUAUUUUACUUAUGUAACUUAAAACUUAUAUAUUUUGCUAUUGUAAAGAUACAACUUUAAUAGAAAACUGCCCUCGAUAUAUAAGCUAUACUGAGAUGUCAGUCUUUCUUUCUGCAGAUUUUCACUUUCAAUCUUGCUAUCUGUUUUCGCUAUGCAACUUAUUUAAUUAGUUAGAGAACGAAAUUGUUAAUUAUAUAAAGUUGUUGAUAAACUGCAAGAUAUGUUAUCCAUUAUAAGUUUGCAUAUUAUGUAUGAGCUGUUAAUAUAAUAUAAUCUAUUACUUAAUUUAAAUAUUGAAAGUGCAUUACUAGGUCUCUGAUAAUAAUAGAGGGAGAGAGCCGAUAUAAAAAAAUGAGAGAAAUAUAAAAAUUGAUUAUUGUUACUUCAAUAUACAUUCAAUAUUUACUUUAUAUAUUAAAAUCUGAAUACAAAUAUUUCAUAUUUGUUUAUCGUAAUAUUUUAAAUUUAAAACCGAGUGAAAUUGAUGAAAUUGUAACAUCUACAAUAUUGUUACCAUGUUAUAUGUACUAUUAAAGGUUUACUAAUUGUAUUUAUGAGUUUUGUAAAUAUGUUUAUAAUAAAAUACAAAAAGACUA